AUGGCGCUCUCUACACUCCAGCAGAUGGCUACGGAACGUCGUGGUCUCGCAAUCGCCUUGGCUGGGGUCUCAGCGUCUGUACUCGCAAUCAAGCUCUUUCUCCGAUCUCGGGUGGAGCGGUUUCAGCAAGUUCCCAGCUGGCCGGUUGUGGGCGUACUUCCAUCGCUCGGACCUGGAGCGAAGCUCAUCGCUCAUAAGAUCCAUGAGUGGGCUGACCAGUACGGGGAGGAAGGCGUGUUCGAGUUCAACCUCGCUGGCAAUCGCAUAGUUUGCUUGGUCAGCUGGGAGCACGCCAAGACAGUGUUUUCUAUGCGCCCCAUGAAGGUGCAGAGAUUCAGCGUCUUCCAGAAUGCCAAGGAUAUUGCGGCCGGGAUUUUCUUCUCUGAGGGUGAGCGCUGGAAGCGCGAACGGCGGAUCCUUUCUCCCGCCUUCGGGACGAAGAGUGUGGAUGGCUACAUCCCUGCUAUAGAAGACGUGACCCAAUCAUUGCUCCGGGAGAUCGAAAAAGAUGUUGCCGCUGGCCAUGAGGUGAACUUCUCGAGCCUUUUGCCGCUGUAUACAGCAGACGUGAUUUGUAGCACAGCAUUUGGGCAGCAGCUCAACAUGCUGAGCAGCAGGAGUUCUGACCUAGUCGAUGACGUGAAGGGCAUGUUCGCUGCUGUUCAGUCGCGCAUGUAUGCUAUUCUGCCGUAUUGGAAAAUUCCUGGCUUGGGGCCACUGGUUGACGAUGGAGACAAAAUUAGGAGGAGCAUGGACAAGCGAUGCAUGGAGGCCAUGGAGAAUGCAAAGAGCGGCAAGAGCAUUGCUGAGAAACUCAGGGCCAUGGCAGACGACAAGUUCACCACGAGAGAGCUGUUGGACAACUUCGCUGCCCUGUUUGCCGCAGGAACGGACACGACCAGCUUGGCCCUGAGCUGGGUUUUCUACCACCUUUCCUGCGACCAACAGCUCCAGGAAGCCGUUGCCCAAGAGGUCCGAAAAUUGCCAGAUGGGGAGCUUGGCCUCGAGCAGCUCAAUUCUCUGCGUAUGGUGCGGGCGGUAUGGUUGGAGACGCUUCGGUUCACAGGGCCGGCAGAGAUCCUUGGUUUGGAGACUACUCAAGAGCUUGUUUUGGCCGGUCGGAAGCUGCCGCCGGGAACGCAGUUCAUAACUUCCUUUGGGCGCAUUUUGAGGAGUGAUCCUCAGCUCAAGAGGCUGGUUGGGAACGACCUGGACGUUUAUCGUCCUUCCCGAUGGCUCGGGCCUGAGGGCAUCGUGUCCGCUCAACCCUUUGACACGCUGGCCUUCGGAUAUGGCCCUCGCAUUUGCCUCGGUAUGCGCCUGGCCGAGUACGAGGGCCUGCUCACCAUUGCCAAGGUCAUCCAGAAGUUUGUCCUCCUGAAGUGGGAGAAGCCAACUCCCGAAGCAGUGACCAGCUUUGUCUCAAAUGAGCCUGUUGAACCUAUCAGUAUUCGCGUUCAGCCACGAACAUGGUGA